UUGUGAUGGGGUCAAAGGGUAAAGGGUGCUCACCCAGGAUUCUCUAUCGUAGAAUCCACAGCCAUCUUGGAUCUGCGAGAAGGGAAAUUGAUGUGGUGACAAACGGCAUGUUUAGUGCUACAAGAAAGAAGUUUGGAGAGGGAGUCGAUAGUGACUACCCUGAUGACAGUGCUAUGUACUAUGGCCAACCAUCCAUGUUUCAGCAUCGAUCAGAAAAAGACAUGCUUGCAUCUCCUUCACCCUCAUCUUCAGGGCAGUUGUCACAACUGGGUGCAAGUCUAUACGGGCCCCAAAGUGCACUAGGGUUCUCUAUAAGGGGCAUGAGCAAUAAUACCCCACAACUAAAUCGCAGCCUAACACAAAGCGUCCAACUACCGAGCCAUAUUACUCCAACAACAGGGGUCCCAACAGUGUCCCUCCAUACUCCACCCUCACCUAACAGAGGGAUCCUGCCCAUGAACACCAGAAACAUGAUUAACCACUCGCAAGUUGGCCCUGGCCUGGGCAUGAGUGGCAGGACCAACAGCAUGGGUAGUUCAGGACUGGGCAGCCCCAACCGCAGCUCACCCAGCAUCAUCUGCAUGCCCAAGCAGCAGCCAGCACGCCAGCCGUUCACCAUCAACAGUAUGUCUGGGUUUGGAAUGAACAGGAACCAGGCAUUUGGGAUGAACAGCUCUCUAUCAAGUAAUAUCUUCAAUGGAACAGAUGGGAGUGAAAAUGUGACGGGCCUAGAUCUCUCAGACUUCCCAGCCUUGGCAGACAGAACUCGGAGGGAAGGAGGUGGUAAUCCUACUCCAUUGCACAACCCACUGGCUGGGAGAGCUCCCUAUGUUGGGAUGGUCACUAAACCAUCAAACGAACAGUCUCAGGAUUUCUCCAUCCACAACGAGGACUUCCCUGCACUUCCUGGGCCCAAUUAUAAGGAUCCCACAUUAACCAGUGAUGACAGCAAAUCAAAUCUAAACUCAUCAGGCAAGAACAGUUCUAGUGUGGAUGGUCCCAAGUUCCCUGGUGACAAGGCAUCAUCAACACAGAACAACAACCAGCAAAAGAAAGGGAUUCAGGUUUUACCUGAUGGCAAGGUGACCAACAUUCCCUCUGGGAUGGUAACAGACCAGUUUGGCAUGAUUGGACUGUUGACCUUCAUCCGGGCAGCCGAGACAGACCCUGGGAUGGUUCAUUUGGCACUAGGAAGUGACCUCACAACACUAGGACUCAACCUCAAUUCUCCUGAAAAUCUGUACCCCAAGUUUGCCUCUCCGUGGGCCUCGGCACCGUGUCGACCACAGGACAUUGACUUUCAUGUCCCGUCAGAGUACUUGACCAACAUUCACAUAAGGGAUAAGCUGGCUGCCAUAAAACUGGCUCGUUAUGGCGAAGAUCUUCUUUUCUACCUGUAUUACAUGAAUGGAGGAGAUCUCUUGCAACUCCUAGCAGCAGUAGAGCUUUUCAACAGGGACUGGAGGUACCAUAAGGAGGAGCGGGUUUGGAUCACAAGGGCCCCCGGUAUGGAGCCCACCCUGAAGACCAACACUUAUGAGAGGGGGACGUAUUACUUCUUUGACUGUCUUAACUGGAGGAAGGUAGCUAAGGAAUUUCACCUGGAGUAUGACAAGCUAGAGGAACGGCCACAUGUUCCAACAACCUUUAACUACAACCCAGCACAGCAGGCCUUCUGAAGCUCCCCUGCUGCUGAGAUGGCGAGUGUAAGCUGGGGCUGUCUGCUCAAAGACCACUGCUGCUCAGUGCUUCUGGUUGUUAAGUCCACACCAAACCUGGUAAAGGACUGGGAAGGGCAUGGCUGGACUGGAUUACCACCAAAGGGGAGAAAGGCCCUGCCUCACCACCUCCAUGCUACUCUCCAGCAUUACAUUCAUUCAGUUUUUAACCCCCCCCCCUCCCCCAUGUUGACUUCUCAUUUCAUUUCAGCAGGGUCUGUGUUUUGUUUACGCCUCAAGCCAGAUGACCAUCUGACUCAAGGCACGAGAGAUGACCGUAUAGCACAUGCCUAAGUGACGGAACAAAAGCGGUAUGCUUUAGUUUUUCAAAGCGUACAGAACUGAAAUCAGCAGCACGGAGAAGUACAGCAAUUACAACAUUGUCAAAACCGCUGGUUAGAAGACAUGCAAUGUUCAUUGUUGCACUACUUGAUAAUAAAGGAACGCGAAAGUUGUCCUUUUUUUACGUGGGAAAAUGUUCAGUUCUCUCUUUCAUCUUUACUUCGUCCUGACCUAUUAGUGUGACACAUUCCCACAACUCAGCAGUAUAAUCCCAGAAGCACUCUGAGGAAGAACUUGAUCAGAAUGGGUGCUCUGCCCACCUCAAGUCAUUACAAACCAGAGACUGUUUAAGUGACCGGUUCACACAACCUGUGGACAAUCCUUCAUGGAAAGGUUGUGAAAUCACCAAGCGUCAUCAUUGCAGACUGAAUGAUAACACUUUCCAGUCUUUGUUACAAUUUUGUAAUAAAUGUGUACAUUUUUUAAUUUUUGGACAUCACAUAAAUAAAGAUAUGUAUGUAUGAAUGUGUAUAUAUAAUAUAUAAGUAUAUAUAUAUAUAGUGAUAUCUAUAUAUAUUCAAUGUCUAUUUUGGAAAGAAAAAAGCCCUGCUGCCUCGUUUUUAUGAGGGUAGCAAGGUUGGCAUUAUGUUGUUAAAAAAAGGAUAUUGGUGGAAGUGAUGGACAAGUGUUUGCAUCAGUCACCCUGUGCACUUAUGACCAAGACAAUUACGCAAGACUGAAAGGAAGGCCUGAUUUAAGCUCUCCAAGGACAUCUAAAUCCAAAGUGAUCAGGUCGGAGAUGUUUCAUGACCAGCUUUUAAAUUGGCAGCCUUUCAUAGGUAAAGCAGAAUUGCUAGUACUACUUAAAAAAAGAAAAAAAAAAACAAUCUUGUAUUUUCUGGCCACGUUCCAAGUUCUUUUAUUUGUAAUAAAGCUACAAGUUUUCCUCAA